AUGCCGGAAGCGGAGGCAGAGAAGGAUUGCUCCGACGUCGACGAUGCCUCCGAUCGGUUGGUUUUCCUAGACCGGGAGGAUGGACAGGAGACAAAGGCUUCCGAGCCCACAGCUGCCCCGCUAGACGGCCCGGAAUACUCCACGUCUUUGGAGCGCGAAGCGUCAGUGGGGACUCCCCUCGAGUGGAACUGCACUGAAGCCAGCAGCUUCGAUACGAAUGUGCUGGGCUCUCCCCACGAGGCCGUCGAUGCCUCCAAAAAAGCCGUGGAGCCUGAUGACGUGCAAGACCCAAGCGCCUUUCAGAGUUGGCUCCCUGACGGCUCCGCGUCGCUGUCGAAGUUCUCGAGCACCGCCGAGAUGCUCGCGAGCCAGGCGGCCGGGCUUUUCUCGAAGAGCGGGGAGUCCAAGCCUCAGGGGCCCGAGACUGCGAAUCCCGGAGAUGCCGCUGGAAUGGCGGAUGAUCCGGAUGCACAUGAUGCAUCCGCAGAACCCAGUUUGCCGAAGGACGGCGCUCCAUCUACCCAGUGCAGCGAGCGCUGGUUUCCGGACAGCUCCAGCGCUUCCCUGGCGAAGCUCACUCAUGCUGCAGAGACUCUCGCCACGCAAGCGGCCGGCCUCUUUUCCAAGAGCGACACGAGCGAACAUGCUCUGACUGGCGCUGCCGCCAAGCCGGAUGUGGAGGCGUCGCGUGCAGGGCCCGAUGAGCCAGCAGUGCAGCCUGCAGCUGCCACGGAUGACUCCAAAGAGACUUGGCUCGGUGCGGCCCUGGCCAACAUCACGCAGGCGGCGGGCAGCCUCGCUUCUCACACCAAAGGGCUCUUCGCUUCGAAGGAAGACGGCAGCGCUCAGUACAGCAGUUGGCUCCCUGACGGCUCCGCGUCGCUGUCGAAGUUCUCGAGCACCGCCGAGAUGCUCGCGAGCCAGGCGGCCGGGCUUUUCUCGAAGAGCGGGGAGUCCAAGCCUCAGGGGCCCGAGACUGCGAAUCCCGGAGAUGCCGCUGGAAUGGCGGAUGAUCCGGAUGCACAUGAUGCAUCCGCAGAACCCAGUUUGCCGAAGGACGGCGCUCCAUCUACCCAGUGCAGCGAGCGCUGGUUUCCGGACAGCUCCAGCGCUUCCCUGGCGAAGCUCACUCAUGCUGCAGAGACUCUCGCCACGCAAGCGGCCGGCCUCUUUUCCAAGAGCGACACGAGCGAACAUGCUCUGACUGGCGCUGCCGCCAAGCCGGAUGUGGAGGCGUCGCGUGCAGGGCCCGAUGAGCCAGCAGCCCCAGCCCCGGUGUCACAGGAGACUUUGGCGGCAUCUGCGAGUGGAGGUGAUCCAGCGGAGAUGGCUUCGGCUUCGGAGCAGCUUCCCGGGAAUCCCGAGACCCAGAACGGGGAAGCAACCGCGCAGCAGGACGUGGAGGAUUCAAUGAAGCAGACCACCAGUUGGGUGCCGGAUGGUUCUGCUGCAUCACUGUCUCGGUGGACGGCUGCAGCUGGCACUGUGGCGACGCAAGCCAUGGGCCUCUUCACAACCACGGCAAGGGCAGCAAGUGCUGAGGGCGAGGUGGGCGAGACCAGCCAGUCGUGCGCGGACGACACCUCCACCUCCGUCGGCAGUUCCUUUUCCAAGAUUAAGACUGCUGCGGAAUCGAUUGCUUCUCAAGCAUCCGGCCUAUUUGUGCAGAGCAAGAGCCAGGAGGAUGCCUCUGCUCCCAGCGCGGGGCGAAGCCUGGCAGACCUCAGCGGGGCUCUCUCGCAGUUGGCCUCGCAGACCACGGGUCUUCUGUCUCCUCUAUCUCCAAGAUGGACACAGGCCGACGGUGGCGAUCCAGUCACAAACGAGGUGGGUGCUGCUGAAGCCGAAGGAGAAGGACCUCCGAAAUCUCCGUGGACCUCGGAGUCCAGUGAGGUCCAGGCGGAGCUGCAGCGGCGCAGGUGCGCGACAGGGCCACGAACAAGUUAUGAGUGCUGGCGCUGUGGUGCCGAAAUUGUGGCGGAGCUGGAUGCAGUAGAAGCCCACGAGGAGCUUCUCAAAGUCAGAGCUUGGCAGCUGCAAACCACGGGAAUGUCUGAGGAGAUAUGCAGCCGACCAAUGCAGCAACUCCUCGACGCCGCAGAUCUUCUUGCACCCCAGCCGCUUCCAGGCGACCUGAUUGGCAUGGAGCCAGGUAGCGACCCUGCGGAGAGUUCAGCCGCCGAAGGCCCGCCCUCCUGCGACGAGCAGCAGACGUCGUCUCAGAGCUCCUGGACACGCAGAGGAGUGUCUGCCCUUGUGGACCUGAAGCAGUCGGUUCAGGCAACCUCCUCAUCGGUCGCGCGGAAGGCCUGCGAGGCGGCAGGAUACGGAGGUGCGGCCCUGACGCCAGAGCUCGACCCGUUGCAGGUCUACUGCAGGAUCGAGACGACGGUGGAGGCUGUCGUCUUGCUCGUGCUCGAGCCGGUGCUGAAGGGUUUGCCCUCACUCGGCGUUCCUUCGGCCCGUGUGGAAGCGCGUCGUGCAGUCGGAGAGCACGGCACGGCCGCCGCAGCCGUGGCAGCAUUGCUCGCAAAGGCAGAGAAAGAUGAUGGGGAGUGCGGAAUGUCCCAGCGUGUUCUUCGCAAGGUUUCGGAGUUGCUGGUGAUGCGGUUCUUGCCGGUGGUGGGCGCAGGGGCUUUCCUGAGCUACACCAUCUAUGUUCGCCUUCGGCUGGCUGCUUUGGUUGCGGAGAUGUUUGGCCACGACGCAGAGGAUCCCGAUGUUCAGGGCCUUCUCUUCUUUUGCGUGCUGCCGGGCGGAAAUGAGCCCGAGGAGGCUCCAAGCGUCAGCGAUCCAGGCACUCCGGACAGCGCGGACGAUGCUUUUGCUGGCCCCGCCGCCGGUGCCUCCGUGGCCGGCAAAACGCCGAGCACCGCCGUGCGAGCGGCCAAGGGUCUCGGUCAUGGCCUGGCACGGCAGGUGGUGCAGCGAUCUACCGGUUGGCGCAGCGCUGCCGAUCUCUACGAUCUGGCGGCCGCGAUCUGUUCUGAGCGCACAGCAACUGACGGUGAGGAUGCAGAAGGACCUCUGGUGGCAACAGUCCGCAGGGCGGCCCUGCUCUUUGAGCCCUGCCGAGCCUCGGAGUCUGGACAUCCGGCACUGCUGGGAUUGCUGGGCCUGGGGGCUGCGGCUCCAACGCUGCUGGCCGUGGCCUUUCAACUUUUGCAGCUUUCCUCGCCGCUGCUGGGCGGCCUUGCGGUUCCACUGCUCCUCGCAGUCCUGGCGAUCCUGGUGGCUGUGGUCGUGGUGCUGCGUUGGCAGCUCUUAGACGCCUUCUCCGAGCAGCCCGAGCUGGUGACUUCUUCGGUGUUUCUGGUACAGGCCUUGCUGCCGCUCUUUUCCGCCUUUGCCGCCACGCGCCUGCUGGUGGAGGGGCUUCUCAGGAAGCCCAUGGCCGGCUCUGGCACGGAGGAGGGGGGUGGGAUCUUGUUUUUGCUGCUCGGAGGAUGGGCUUGCUUGAGACUCUGGCAGCGCAUGCAGGCGCCCGAAGGCUCGGAAACCGCGCGCGGGCAGGCAACUCUGGAACAGCGGGCAGUGCUCGUGGUGGUCCUGGCACUAGGUGCCACCGACUUCUUGGGCCUGGAAGGCUGGGCCCUGCAUGGCCUCCCCUCCUUCGGAGCGCUCCGUUCCCGGCACUGGCUGCUCGGCUUGCUGCAAGCACAGGCGCUGGAGUGUCAGCUCUACCUGUCCACGCUCCUCAGAAACCGCCAAGUUCUGCUCAGAUUGCUGGGAGCCACUCGGAUGAUGAGCCUUUGCGUUACGCUCUUCCUCGCUGGCAUCACCGCGUCAGUGGGCUUCCUGGUCUCGCGGAGCGAGUUCCUGCGCUUUGUGGACGGCCUGGCUCCUCCGCCGCGGCUGACGGCAGUCUGUCUCGCACUCCGCCGAGAAAGCGGAGCUUGUGCCAUGCUUCUGGGUGCUUCAGCAGGUCUUCUUUGGCAGCUCCCACCAGGUUUGGCCUUCAUCACCAAGACUGGCGGCAUAGUGUUGGGAGCAGCUGCAGGCGGCUUUGUCUGGGCAACUUACGAGGAGUAUCGCGAAGUUCUGGAGGAGCCAUCAGGAGGUCGGUGGCUGCUGCUCCUCCCAGAGACCUCCGAGAACGCCAAAGUGCAGGCGCUCCGCGUCUGGAGCAAGCUGAAGCUUGGGCUGACCGAGGCAGCCGUGGAGCGCAGUGCCACGUUCCUCGGGCGCGGCAUGCUCGACAGCAUGCUCAACCGCCUAGGCUGCUGGUGGUGUUCAGUGGGCGCGGUCGAAAUUGCAGAGAAGGUUGUGGAGGCGCGGAGUCUGCUUGCGAGGAUGCCUCAACCCAACCCCCCACACCAUAAGCUCAACCAGAAACUCCAAAAUCCCGAUUUUCAACAGCCAGUAAAAUCUGUCGGAAAGUCUUUUUCCCUACCCUGUGUAGGCCCGGCGCUCAACAGCUUCUCGAGCAUGCAUGGGCAGAAUCCGAAGCAAGCCCUCCGCCCAUGGACAGGGUCUAGCAAAGGCUUCUCUCUCGCGUACGGGUUUUUCGUCUACCUCGCCACGUAUCCAUGA